AUGCAGAACCUUCUUCUCUCGGCUCUGGCACUCAGUGCCGCGGCCGAUGCCUAUGGCGCAGGAGCUGCCGGCUGGGAUGCGGCUUACUCAAAGGCCCAAGCAGCCCUUCUCAAGCUAAAUCAGACCGAAAAGGUUGGCAUUGCCACUGGCGUCGGCUGGCAAGGAGGGCCCUGCGUGGGCAACACCUAUGCCCCAAGCUCACUCGACUACCCUUCUUUAUGCCUACAGGACUCGCCCUUGGGAAUUCGCUACGCGAAUCCUGUCACAGCGUUCCUGCGGGUAUCAACGCCGGAGCAACGAAAGAAUCCCGAUGGCGGUAGGAACUGGGAAGGGUUUUCAGUCGACCCAUAUCUUAGUGGGGUUGGUAUGGAAGAGACAAUCCAUGGUAUGCAAGAUUCGGGCGUUCAGGCCUGUGCCAAGCACUGGCUUGGAAACGAGCAAGAGCACAACCGCGAAACCAUGAGCUCUAACAUCGGCGACCGCGCCACGCAUGAGCUGUAUUUAUGGCCGUUUAUGAACGCAGUCAAGGCAAAUGUAGCAUCUGUUAUGUGCUCCUAUAACAAAUUGAACGGGACUUGGGCCUGUGAGAGUGACGCUGUCUUGAACGAGCUAUUGAAGAACGAGCUUGGUUUCCCUGGCUACGUUAUGAGCGACUGGAACGCGCAGCACACGGGUGUCAAUAGUGCCUUGGCUGGACUCGACAUGACGAUGCCCGGCAGUGACUUCAAUAAGCCACCUGGAAGCAUAUUCUGGGGACCAAACCUCGUGGAGGCUGUUACUAAUGGCUCGGUUCCUCAAUCCCGCCUGGAUGAUAUGGCAACACGUAUCCUGGCAGCUUGGUAUCUUCUUGGUCAGGACCAAGGCUACCCUGAGGUCACUUUCAGUUCUUGGAAUGGCGGCAAAGCCACUGUCGACGUGACAGCAGACCAUGCGAGUGUCGUCCGCACGGUCGCCCGUGAUUCCAUUGUCCUGUUGAAGAAUCAGGAGCAUGCUCUACCUCUUAGGAAACCCAAGAGCCUGGCUAUCAUUGGACAGGAUGCCAUCGUCAACCCCGAUGGCCCCAAUGCAUGUGUAGACCGCGGCUGCAACACUGGCACACUGGCUAUGGGGUGGGGCAGUGGUACAGCAGAGUUCCCGGCCCAAAAGGACGGUACGAAAAUUGUCGAGAGUACGACUGACAGCACCACAGCUGCUGCCUCUGCUGCCGCAGCGGCAGAGACUGCCGUGGUCUUCAUUAACGCAGACGCCGGCGAAGGUUACCUUACAGUGGAGGGCAACGUUGGCGACAGAAACAACCUCGACCCCUGGCACAACGGAAACGAGCUCGUCAAGUCCGUCGCAGCGGCGAACAAAAAUGUCAUCGUAGUCGUGCACAGCGUGGGGCCCAUUAUCCUAGAGACUAUCCUGGCACAGCCCUCAGUGAAGGCAAUUGUCUGGGCCGGACUACCGGGUCAAGAAAGCGGAAACGCCUUGGUUGACGUGAUGUAUGGCAGCACAUCCCCGAGCGGCAAACUCCCCUACACGAUUGCCAAGCAGCCCUCAGAUUACGGUGCCGGCUGGAACAGUGCGCUUGUCGACAAUUUCGCUGAAGACCUGUUCAUUGAUUACCGCCACUUCGAUAAGAACGGCAUCGCCCCGCGCUACGAGUUUGGCUAUGGCUUGUCGUAUACGACUUUCAAUUACAGUGGACUCGCGGUUAGCGUUUCUGCCACGGCUGGGCCAUCAAAUGGACCCAUUGUCCCUGGCGGGGCUGAGGAACUUUUCCAGUCGGUCGGCACUGUCUCUGUCAUUGUCGAGAAUACUGGAGACGUAGCUGGUGCUGAAGUUGCUCAGCUCUAUCUUGGCCUUCCAGACUCUGCCCCAAGCACUCCGCCCAAGCAGCUGCGAGGGUUCCAGAAGUUGAAUCUCCAACCGGGAGAACAGGGGACGGCUACUUUCGCGCUUACUCGGCGUGAUCUGAGCUACUGGAAUGUGCAGACACAGAAGUGGGUUGUGCCCAGUGGUACCUUCACUAUCUAUGUUGGAGCCUCCAGUCGGGAUAUUCGCGGGGACGGAAAGUUUACUGUCGCUUAG